GAAGCCAAGACUUUGCUUUUUCAUUUAGAGUGCCUCAUUAAUUUAAUUUGUACUUAACAAUAAAUUGUAUUUUUGUGUUCUAUUCAAAACUAGAGUUUGUGUGCUUAAUUGUAUAUAUUCCCUAUCCAACAAGUCGGAAAAGAAUCGACGAAAUAAUCGAUUCUUCACAAAAAGAAUCGACUACUUUUUUAGGAAUCGACUGGAAUCGAACACCCCUACUUUCUAGUGAAUCUAGUGUUCUAUAAGAAGUCUGAAAUAAUACUAAUAAGAAGCGUCUAUAUUCGUUGAUAAUAAUGACUGCUGUUAGUUCAUUAAAGUAUUUUUUUGUAGAUAUGGUUUUAUUAUUUUACUACAAUGGAUCAUGAAGAAGAAUUUUUAAAUAUAUUUUUUACUCAGAUUACUCAACUAUGUUUUGAUAAAGCCAAAGAAUUAGUUGAAAAAGAGCGAGAAUCAUGCAAGUCAACGCAAAUGGGUCCCUGGGGAAUGUUAUUAAUGCAUCUUCCUCAAAUAGCUGUUGCAGAAAGAUCUUAUGCUGAUUUAGGGUUUUUACAUACUAAAAAUAAAGGAUUUCUUAGAAAAGAUAAUUCUUUAAAAACAAUGUAUGAAUCAUUGAAAGCUGAUUUGAAAAGAGUUGAAGAAAUGACUCGUGGUACAAAUUCUAUUGGGGCUACUGUUGCAGAAAUAUCUAGUCAAUUAUGUCAAUUUAUUAAUGCAAGAACUCAAUUAAUUGAUUUUUAUGAAAAAAUGUAUAAUAUGAGUAUUAACAACAAGGUAAUGCGACAUCAAGAGUUAUUACUUUCUAUAGAAGGGUUAAUUGAAUGUCAUUUACAUUCUUGUUCACAUAUUUCUCUAAAUACUAUAAAAACAGCUAUAAUGUUGGAGUGUGAAAUUUUAUCGCAUUUAAUAAGAGCAUAUAUUGAAAUUCAAAAUUGGAAAUUUUUGCCAUCUUUAAUGGCUCUGUAUGGUGUACAAACCCGCAUGUCAGCAUGGGAGAGAACUUUACAAAAUAGAGAAACUUGGAAACUUGGAUUUGGAGCUACAUUUUUAAAAGCUAAUCAACAACCAGCACUUUAUCAAUGGUUAAUCAAAUUGAAAAGUGCUAUACUAGCUAAAUUUUCUUUAUAUUUUCAUGUGACGUUGAGCCAACAAGCCAGUUCUGGAGAAAUGAGAAGUAUUAUGAGUAAACAAGCAAUUGACUAUUAUCAUAAAUUCCAAACGUUCCAAAGAAAGCAUGACUUAUUAGCAGCAGUUCUUAUUUUUGACUCUAGAGGCAUGCAAGAUUAUGGACCAGGAUAUCAGCAUCCAAAAAGAGAUUGUGAUAACCCUGAUGAUUUUUCAAUUAUUCUUAGCAUCCCUCAGAAUUUUAGUCAAAAACCAUUUACUCACUGGGAUAUAAUGAAGAAGAAUAUAAAAGAACGCUAUGCAGAUCUUAUAGUUAUGGAUAAAAUUAUUUUUAGCCGAGAUUCUAAUAAUUUUAGGAUAUACGCCAUGCAUAAUUUAGAUCCUCGAGUAACUUUUGUAGUUGUUUAUGAGACCUGUAGUAAACAAAAAGAUAAAGAUGCACAUGUAGUAACAUUCAUAACAGAUGUAUGUCUACAGAUGAGAUGUAACAAAAUUUUUGAGAGUCUUAAACUGACUAAAUAAAUUUUUGAUAAGUUUUUUAGUCUGGCAUAUAUGGAAAAUUUAUUUAUGUGACCAUGUGCUAUAAUGCAGUUUAUUAGGUAAUAUAUAAUUUAUGAAUACAGAUAUAUGAAAUAUGCAAUAAGAUGUUACUUUUUUACACGAGAUAUAAAAACUUAUUUAUUCUAAAAUAUAUUUUUUAUUGGAUUCAAACAUUGUCUGUUUUUUAUUUAUUAGUAUCAGCGCAUGAAUUUAAUAUUUCUUUUUGAUGUUAUUAAUUGUUGCGAAAAGAAAAAUUUUCGCGUCAUUGGUAGACAUUCUUUCUAAUUGAUAUCAGCCGUCGACAGCUUAUAUAAAUGAUGAUUAAUAGCUAUAAAUUAAAUUGAUUAGGAACGAAUAUAUUACUUUCAAAAACGAAUUUGUUUUAAAGUCUAUCCAAUUAAUUUAAUGGCACUUUUAAAUAUUUCUGAUUGGCCGGUACCAACGCAUGUAUCAUAU